CAAUCAAACCAACUACGGUAUCAAUCAACAUAAUAAAGAGCAGCUAUCUAGAGGGAAAACCUCCCGUCUGUAGUCUGGAGCAGGGGAGUACUGAAUACUGAUCGGCCAUGGCGACCGUGGCAGCCGCAGGAUCGUCGGUGGAGAAGCGUCACGCCGUGUUCUUCCCUUUCCCGGCGCAGGGCCACGUCAAGCCGGCGCUCCAGCUGGCCAGGCUCCUCCACCGUUGCCAUGGGUUUCAGGUCACCUUCGUCCACACGGAGCACAACCGCCGCCGCCUCCUCCGCUCGCGAGGCCCCGGCGCGCUGGACGGGGUGCCCGGGUUCCGCUUCGCCGCCGUCCCGGACGGCCUGCCCCCGUCCGAGGCGGACGCGUCGCAGGACAUGGCUGCCCUGCUGUCCACCACGGAGGCCCUGGUCCCGCCCUUCCGGAGCCUCGUCUCCGGCCUCCUCCCGCCGGCGUCCUGCGUCAUCUCCGACGUCGAGCACGUCCUGUACGCGUCCAAGGAGAUGGGCCUUCCCUGCGUCACCUUCUGGACGUCGAGCGCGUUCGCCUUCAUGGCCUGCCAGCAGUGCCAGCGGCUUGUCGACAUGGGCAUUGUCCCCCUCAAAGAGGCUGAGCAGCUGAGGAAUGGACACCUGGACGACACGGUCCUGGACUGGGUGCCGGGGAUGCCCAAAGACAUCCGCCUCAGAGACUUCCCGAGCUUCAUCCGCACGACGGACCCCGACGACGCCAUGCUCAAAAUCCUCCUGCGCUCAAUGGCGUGCCACAGGACCACUCCGUCCGCCGUCAUCUUCCACACCUUCGACGAGAUCGAUCGCGAGGCCAUGGCGGCCAUGUCCACCAUCCUGCCACCGAUCUACGCCGUCGGACCAUUGCCGCUCCUUCUCGAUCAAGUUUCUAGCACCACUGCCAGUGUGGUUGACACGUUAGAAUCAAAUCUAUCCAAGGAGAACUACGCCUGCCUAGAGUGGCUGAAUGGCAAGGGGCCAAACUCGGUGCUCUACGUGAGCUUCGGCAGCAUAGCAACGCUGACGAGGGAGCAACUGGUGGAGUUCGCGUGGGGUUUGGCCAAUAGCAAAAAGGACUUCCUGUGGGUGAUCAGAAACGAUCAAGUGAUCAACGGCGACGACGACCCCGCUGCCGCCGCCGUGCUGCCACCGGAGUUCCAGGAGGAGACGAAGGCGAGGAGCCACGUGACGAGCUGGUGCCCGCAGGAGGCGGUGCUCCGUCACGAGGCGACGUGCGCGUUCCUGACGCACUGCGGGUGGAACUCCGUCCUGGAGAGCAUCGGCGCCGGGGUGCCGAUGCUCUGCUGGCCCUUCGGCGCCGACCAGUACACGAACACGAGGUACGUUUGCUCGGAGUGGCGCCUCGGCUUGGAGAUCGGCGGCGGCGAUGUCAAGAGGGACGAGGUGGAGGCGGCCAUCCGGGAGGUGAUGGAUGGAGGAGACAAGGGAAAAGCGAUGACGAGAAUGGCCAUGGAAUGGAAGGAGAAGGCGACCGCGGCUGCACUGACGGGUGGGCCCUCUUGGGUCAAUCUGGAGAAGGUGGUCGAUGAGGUGCUUGCUGUGCAUCCUAGCAAGAUUAGUGAUACGGAAUCAUGAGUAGGCUCGUGCUUGCUCUACGCUGGCAUUGGCAAUAAAUUGAUGAAAGGGAAGGCGUGCCAUGGUUGUGAUCGAUCGAGCUUCGUCGAAAUUUAAUGGGUUGUUUCAUUAUGUGUGACGAAAAUGAAUGCAAGUUUGGGUGGUACAUAUGUGUAUAGCGGUCACCCAACUACACUCUUCAAUGUUGUAUUAUUCAUUUGAUAUUUUUGGCACCAGCCGACAUCCAGGUCCAGCAAUCCACAAAAUAAAUGUAAAAUGAAAACGAUUUCUUAUUCAAGCGCAUCUGGUCUAUGAAUU